GUGAAUGUUUAUGCCGGUGCAUGGUGGAUGAACGCUGUUGUGCGUAUUACGAGUACUAGCCAUGACUAGUAAAUCAACAGCGGCAAAGUUCAUUGUGUGAGUGGUUCGCGCUGUCCUCGAACCAUGUCUGACGACAGGACAAAGAGAUACGAAAAGAUCGAGUUCCUCGGAGAGGGGCAGUUCGCCACUGUCUACAAGGCUAGGGACGUCUUGAAAGAUGAGAUAGUCGCCGUCAAGAAGAUCAAGCUAGGAACGCGAGCCGAGGCCAAAGAUGGCAUUAACCGAACAGCUUUGCGUGAGAUCAAGCUGCUGCAGGAGCUCUCUCAUCCAAAUAUCAUAGGCCUUUACGAUGUGUUCGGGCACCGGUCCAACGUGUCGCUUGUUUUUGACUUCAUGGUAACUGACCUGGAAGCCAUCAUCAAGGACACGAGCAUAGUGCUGACCGCGGGACACAUCAAGUCCUACACCCUGCAAACGUUACAGGGACUGGAGUAUCUACACCUUAGCUGGAUUCUGCACCGUGACUUGAAGCCCAACAACCUCUUGCUCGAUGACCGGGGUGUGCUCAAAAUCGCCGAUUUCGGCCUUGCAAAGUUCUUCGGCUCACCCACACGCAUCUAUACCCACCAGGUGGUGACCAGGUGGUACCGUGCACCGGAACUGCUAUUCGGUGCACGCAUCUACGGCACUGGCAUCGACAUGUGGGCAGUCGGGUGCAUUCUGGCCGAGUUGCUGCUGCGAGUGCCCUUCUUGCCCGGAGACUCCGACUUGGACCAGUUGAGCCGCAUCUUCCAGACUCUGGGCACACCCUCCGAGAAGGACUGGCCCGGUAUGCCGGCAUUGCCCGACUACGUGCAGUUCCGCAGUUUUCCUGGCACGCCCUUCCGUCACAUCUUCACGGCCGCCGGAGACGAUCUUCUCGACGUGAUUGGACGCAUGCUGGCCAUCAACCCACUGUCUCGCUGCACUUGUGCCGAAGCGCUGCAGAUGCCAUACUUCGCCAAUCGCCCUCCGCCAACCGAGGGGCCCAACUUGCCACUGCCAGCUGCAGUGGUGCAAAAGAGGAACGGUGGUGCCACCAGCAGUAGUAGCAGUGGCAACGGAAACAGUAACCACGGAUUGAAACGAGCCCACAAGGGCGGCGAUGACCCUAGCGUUAUUAAGAAACUUGUAUUUUGAUGCCUCUCAAA